AUGUUCUCGAAGCACUCGGAGGAUACGUGUCAUCCUCGCCGGCUCCAAUCUGCUAGCGUACACAGCCGACGAAGACCUCCCCCCUCGCCCCGACGUAUGAACAACAUCAUAGCCGGCACUGCGCUUGCCAGCGGCUCUAUAAUGGGCCUCUUCUACCGCCUACACGACCUCAUCGCCUCCUCGUCCUUCACCACAAUCUCCCGCAAACGCAUUCCCGCCCCGAUCGGCGCCCUCCUCUCCGCCCAACCCCACCUCGCGCCCUUCCGCGAAGAGUUCACCGCGAACCCCGUCACGAUGCUCGACACCAUUACGAGCGCGCUGUUGAGCCGGGGAAAGCUUGAGGUGCCGAAGGGUACCAAAGUGGAAGGCGAGGAGGCGAGGAGAAAGUUUGUGCGGGAUGUGAGGUAG